CGAGAGGCAGAGAGGCCGCACCAAUGGAGGGAUCCGGUCCUCAACCUGGCGGCGACGCGGGGGCGGCGCCGCCGCCGCCGCCGCAGAAGCGGAGCAACAUGGACUACAGCCUCGCGGCGCUGAAGCUCUUCGGGUGCCAGCUUGCCGGCGCCACCGAGGCCCCCUCCUCGGAGUCUGACGGCGCCUCCCAAGCCCAGAUGCUCUACGGCAUCCGCUUCCAGCGCGUUUGGCUCCAGGGCGUCGUGGUGCUGGCGGACUACCGCGUCGGCGCCGGGCUCCUUCUUCUGGAUGAUGGCUCCUGUGUCGCCGAGAUCACGCUCACGCCCAAGGAAGCCGAGGGCCAGCCAUGGCAAGAAGGCAUGUAUGUGAUGGUUCUUGGGUCAUAUAGUGGAAAGGACUCUCUGCCUAAGGCCAAUCGGCCGGUGAUUAAGGUGCAUAAGCUGGUCGAUCUCUCUGCUCAGCCUGACCGUGAAGCAAUGUGGUAUAUGGAAGUAGUUGAGGCAUACAACUUCUUCUACUUGCAAUUCUCGACUGCUAACUCACACUCAUGAAAGGCCUCAUCCUUGUCCUCUUGUUCUCUUGAGGCGUACAACUUCAAUGUUUAUCUUGGCCGGUAGUUUUGGUUAGUCCUAACCUGUACUCUUAUUUGGAGAUGUUUACGUUUUGGUAAAGGAUUAUGACUUCUGGGAUGCACUAAGAGGAAAUUAUUUAUGUGCCAUUGGUAACAUGAAAGAAAUCUGAAAACUUUCUG